GGAAGUUGAGCAUGGCGUCCAGCUGCUGAAACUUUCGCUUCGUUGCUGCACAUCGAGAUGGAUUGGAGUGAUGACGGUAACGGCCACGGCCACAUGCAUGACAACUGUCACCACGGACACACGGGCCACUCUCACGGUCACGGGCCAAGAGUGGCAGCCUUUGGUGGGAUGACAAACCUGUACAUGCCCGCUUACGGACAGCUGGGUAAAAACACAGACCAGACGAUGGACAUCAGUCAGCAGCCAAAGAAACGGUCCCACAUGGACGACAGCAGCAGCUUGGACAUUGUGAAAGCAACACAGUUUGGGAUUCUUGAGCGCUGUAAGGAGCUGGUGGAAGCAGGAUAUGACGUCAGGCAGCCAGAUAAGGAGAACGUCACUCUUCUCCACUGGGCGGCCAUCAACAACCGCUCAGAGCUGGUCAAGUAUUAUAUUUUCAAAGGGGCGACCAUUGACCAGCUCGGAGGAGACCUCAACUCCACUCCUCUUCACUGGGCCAUCAGACAAGGCCACCUCACCAUGGUGAUCCAGCUGAUGAGAUAUGGAGCAGACCCCUCCAUCACAGACGGUGAGGGUUACCGAGCGCUCCACCUGGCCAUCCUCUUCCAACACAUGGCCAUAGCAGCUUAUCUCAUGGCGAAAGGAGAGGAAGUUGACUUGCCGGACUCUACCGGACAGACACCGCUGAUGUUGGCAGCCCAGAAAAUUAUUGGUCCCGAGCCCACAAACUUUCUGAUCAAAAAUAACGCCUCUGUGAGCGCUGUGGACAAAGUGAACAGGAACACUCCGUUGCACUGCGCAGUACUCGCAGGAAAUGUGGAUGCUGCCCACAUCCUGUUGGAGGCUGGAGCCAGUGUGGACGCUGAAAACAUCAACGGUCACACACCGAUCGACCUGGCUCACCAAGUGCACAGCCCGCUGCUCAUCCACAUGCUCAGCCUCGUCAAACAGGAGAGGAUUCGCUCCAGCUCUCGCUGUCUGCGCUUCGUCAACAGAUACAGGGUUUUUAUGCAGUUCUUAUUGUGCACCGUCCUGUAUGGGUGUGUUGGAGCCAUCGUUGAUAUGAAUUCAGAGUCCUGGUUACUCAAAGGGGUCCUGUUGGCCUGUGUAAUGGGUGGGAUCAAUUUAGCCUCAAGGAAUUUCCCGACGGCAGACUUUCAGGCUUUCCUGCCAGCUUCAGCUCUCAUGGCUUCAGUCUUCUGGAUGCUCUUGACCUGGUGGCUCUGGUUUCUGCCAGAUCUAACCAGUGCCACGGUUCAGGUUCUGUUCACUCUGAACGCCACCACUCUCCUCUACUACUACCUUCGCACUUGCAGAACAGACCCGGGGUUCAUCAGAGUCACAGAAGAGAAGAAGAAAAUGAACGUGGUGGCGUUGGCUGAGGCUGGCUGUCUGGACCCCAGAAUAUUUUGCACAUCUUGUAUGGUAAGGAAACCAUUAAGAGCCAAUCACUGCUUCAGCUGCGAUGCUUGUGUCGCGAAGCAGGACCACCACUCCGUCUGGACCAACACCUGCAUCGGUGCGAGGAACCAUUACUACUUUGUCCUCUUCCUGCUCUCCCUGAUGCUGCUUGGAUCCUGGAUGCUCUACGGUUGUUUCAUGUACUGGUCCACUCACUGCACGUUUCAUUAUGAGGAUCAGGGUGUGUGGGGCGUCGUCACGGCCCUGGUCAGCUGCUCCCCCUGGGUGCUCAGCAUCUCUGUGCUGUCAUUUUAUCACACCUGUUGGUCCAGUUUGAGCCUGCUGGUGCAACUUUACCAGAUUGCAUUCCUUGGAAUAACCACAGCAGAGCGAACAACUCUGAUCUUUCAGCAAAAGAGAAUGAGACAACCAGUGUCCAUGAGACAGAAUCCCUUCAAUUUGGGUGUGGUGCAGAACCUGGUCUCGUUUUUCCACCUGCGUUGUUGUGGCCUCUUCAAACCGACCAUCGUGGACUGGUCGGAGCAGUUCCAGCCCUGCCGGGACCAGCACCUGCUUGAUCAAAUCAACGUGGUCUGACCUCCUCCUCCCUCCACACCCUCCACUCAGGGUCAGACUCUGGUUUUGGACCAAAAGCACAGAAUGUAUUAUUUAUUUUUUCAUCUGGUGGCUUUUUGUAAAGACAAACUGCAGUUUGAGAAGUUGAAAGAAACUCAAAGAUUGUGUAAAUAUUGAUCAGCUGAUCUUUAGACGGCUGCUGCCUUACACGAACUCAACGUUCUGAUCUGAUAAAGGGACAGAAAUGAUCUUUUAAAGGCCUAAAUUGUUCUGGAGGUUUUGUGUUGUUUUUAUGAACACAUUAAUCCUAUUUUUACUAUGUGGUUUGAGGAAAACGAGACUCUUUGUAUGUAAACUGUUCGGUUUUAUGCCUUUUUGUAAAAGCUGCAUGUGUUUAAUAACAAAUGACCACUAUAAUACUUCAAUAAA